GAUGUGGAAGUGGAACGCUUCAGGUUGCUAAUUCGUUAGCUCAGCUGCAGCCUCGGGAUGGGGUUCCAGUCCAGCUCUCUCCUGCUUCUGUCUGCGCUGUCCAUGAUGGUGCUCCUUUGCGUAGCCCCCGUGCAGGGCAACGGUGCCCUGGCCCACAAGAAGGUUGAGAGGGGGUUCCCCAAAGACUGCAGCUACAUUCCUAGGGACAGCCCCAGUGGGAUCCAUGUCAUCCAGCCAGCAGGCUCUCCCCCUCGGGUGGUGUGGUGUGACAUGGACACCGAAGGCAAAGGCUGGACCGUUGUCCAGAGAAAUUCUUACAACACAGAGAUCAGCUGGAAGGAGUCCUGGAGCACCUACAAGUAUGGCUUUGGGAACGUGCAGCAGGAUUACUGGCUGGGCAACGAGUACCUGUCCCUGCUCACGCAGCAGAACACCUACAAGGUCCGCUUUGUUGUGGAGGACAAAUCCAACAACACCCGCUACGCGGAGUACGACAUCUUCAGUGUUGAGGAUGAGUCCAGCGGGUACCCACUGAGGCUGGGCAGGCACACUGGGGAUGGCGAGGACUAUCUCACCACCUACCACUCCGGCCUGGGGGGCAUCCACGACAACAUGAAGUUCAGCACAACUGACAAGGAUCAGGACCAGACCAGUGGGAAUUGUGCAAGUAGCUACGGAGGCUGGUGGUACGACAAGUGUCAAAACGUCCUGCUGAAUGGGAAAGGCUACAUCUACUGGGCAGGGUUCUGUAAGAGUGGCGAGUGCAAGUCUUCCCUCAUCCUGAUUAAGCCAACAGAUGUGUGCUGGGUCCGGAAGGAGGAGCCCAUUCUCCCUGGGAGCCAGCACCGCUGAGAAGGGGAGACAAUAUUAGAUCAGGCACAGAGCGCCCUCCCCCACCUAAUUAGUGCGGUCUCUGCAAUGCCUCCACUCUACUCACUCCCUUCCCUGUUGGCUUCUGCAUGGUAAAUCCCCUGGAAUAAACUCUGAGAGCUGCCCCUGCCAGUGUGUUCGAAUGACAUGAAGAGCAUGAUUGGGGUGUAUCCCUAGACCCCCACUUCCACUCUGCCUCGCUGGAAGCAUAUCACUCACUACAACUUUGGGCCUACAGGUACCUCUGCUUCCCCCAGCCCUGCCACUGCCCCUUGGCAUUUGUGAUCAAUGAAUCAUGGCACUGGAUUUCUAGCAACUGUUACUGAGCAUUUAAAUGGUAGAUGACUCAAAGCCAGGACUUCACAUCUGAAUCCUGCAUGUAUUGGCAGUGGUGAGUUUGGGUUCAAAAACCUGGCCUCUGUGUUUUUAAUAAAUAUGGUUAUUACAUGAGAAAA